GGUCACCAUUGCUCAGCCGCCAUGGCCGAAACCGAAUGACACCAGUGAGGCACCAUGCAGUGGACCCGGGUCACCGUGAUCACCGUUGACCUCGGCCUGUGCUUCGCUGCGGCAAUCAAUCCCAACCAUCGGCAGUGGCAGGUGUUUCCAGAUGGGUCUUUGCUGUCAACAAAAGAACACUUGCAUGCGUCCUUGCUGCGAAGUGAAACCAAUGCCACACAGACAGGCCACUACCGUGCCAACCACGGCCCGGUAGACGGUGCGAAGCUUUCAAAUGAGUUGGCGAACGUCACCCAUUCCAUCGAUCAGCUUCAAGGCAAUGUCUCUUCUGUGGAUGUGAUGCGAGUGAAGAUGGAUGGCAAUGGUGAUACCUUAGAACUUCUGAGCACCGUGGUCUUUACCCUGACCGUCAGUGUUUGGAUGUUGGUGGCCUUCAAAAUCCUGAGCUCUUACUACCCUGUCCUCUACUCGCAACGCGAGUUGGAACACUUGGGUUUCGGCGAAGCCGAAACCGCCGCAUGGGGUCAAGCUCUGCGGGACGUGACAUCACUGUGGCAUCAGCUGAGUCUUGCCUGCUUCUUGAAAGAGGACCAUGUUCUGGAAGUUCAAGGUCUGGAUUCCUGGAUGCAUCUGCAAUUCCAGUGGCUAGCUUUGAGGAUGAUCGCCUACCUGGCAGUCGUCCCAGUGAUCCUGUGUCCCCUGCACUGGACGGCCAGCGGACCCAGCGACGAAGUCUUUUCGCGCUUGAACCUGGCGGUGAAUGAGAACCGACCCGUCGUGUUGUGGAUUCACGUGGGCGUCGUUUGGGCGGUGACUGUUCUUACCACCCGCACCCUCCAAGCCGCCAUGCGCGAUUUCGUCCCGGUGCGCUACCGCUGGCUGCAGCGCAUGGCCUUUCCACAGUGCACCACGGUGCUGGUCGAAGGCAUUCCCGAGACGAUGUGUUCAGACCUGCGCCUGCACUCGUAUUUUGCCAACCUCUUUGGGGAGAACGCCGUGGCGCGAAGCUACGUGGUGCGCAAUACAAAGCUCCUGCAGAAGAAAUUGGAGAGGCUGCGGAAAGCUCAAAGGGCCUUGGAGAAAGCUCGAGCCAGGAGCGAGGCUGAGGGCAAGAGUGGACCCUCCGCUCCCUUGGUUCAGUUUCGUUUGGAAUCGGUGAAGGACAUCAAGGAGGAGGUGGCGGCGGAGCGCAUUCGCCUGGGCCGCUUAUCGCAUGCCCUGGAUCCGGACGUUUGCACCACUACCGGUUUCGUGACCUUCAAGACGCGCUUGGACAUGCGCUUAGCCGCUCGUGAACAGCUUGGCACCGACUCCUUCGCGUUGCAACUGCAAGCGGCACCAGACGUCAACGAUGUGCUGUACGAUAGCUUGAUUCAGCGACCCAGCUACACACAACAACGCUUGGGAUAUCUCAGCGUCUUCUGCGUCUUCGUGGCCUUCCUCCCUGCUGUGGUCUUUGUCUCCACCUUGCUCAGUCUCAAGUCCUGGCAGCAGAUCUUUCCCGCGAUUCACCGGUGGCGGCAGUCCAUGCCCAUUGUGGUGGAGAUGCUGGAAGGUGUACUGGCAACUUUGAGUUUGAAGAUCAUGUUGGCCUUCAUCCCUGCCAUCCUCUUGAAGAUCGGCCGAUCCUUCCAGAAGCCUGUAUCCCAGUCAUCAUCUCAACUGCAGCUGCAGAAGACCUACUUCGCAUUUCUGGUGAUUUUUGUGCUUUUGGUGACCUCCUUUGCGCAGGGCUUAAUCACCACGUUGCUGUACGUGGCGCAGCAGCCGGCCGCCAUCGUUCCGCUCCUGGCGAAGUCGCUACCCUUGACCUCCAGAUUCUAUGUGAACUAUGUGGUGUUGGGGUGGCUCUCCUGUAGUUGCGAACUGCUCCGUCCUGGGCCACUGGUCAUGUACCUCAGCUUCCGGGAGUUCAUGUCCGAGCACGACGCGCGGUGCUGUGCUGAGGAGGACUCGGUGCUCAUGGGCACUCGCGUGGCACGCUCCACCUUUAUGUUGGUGAUUACCUCGGUCUUCUGUUCCAUCUGUCCGGUGGUCCUGCUUGCAGCGGCCGUGUACUUCCUCAUCGAGCGCCUGUCGCACGGCUACCUGAUGCUCUCCGCAGAGCCCCGGCAGGGUGAUGCUGGGGGCGAACUCUUCGUGCAGGCGCUGAAACAGGUGCACACGGGUUUGCUGAUCUACGUUUUGCUGAUGAUUGGUGUGCUGGGUUCCAAUGGAUUCGAGUUCGGCUUGCUGCUGGUUCCAAUUCUGUUCAUGGUGAGUUGGUCCUUGCUGAGUUUGGAGAGUUUCCUCUGGCCCUGCCUACCGUUGAAUCAGGUGAUGGACUUGGACGACAGAGAUCCUCCAAUGACUGAUGCAACAGAAGUCUAUGAGCAAUUGGAGUGCCGAGAAGAGAUCGUGCAGAUCGUGCCACAGAUCGUGGUGUCCAGGGCUUCGCUGACCGAAGCUGCCGUGGCUGCUGCCGCACCAACGGUUGCGCCGCCUGCGAUGCCUGCGAUGCCACCGGCGGCGGCGACGUCGACGACGACGACGGCGGCGGCGACGAGGGGUGGAGGCAAAGCCCCAGAGGAGACAGGGACCGCAAGUCAGGAAGCCGAAGACCUGGAGUUCUGAGUGCAGAAAAAAAUUGCUUGAGUUCUGAGCGGGAGAUCAUGGGUGCCAGCAUUGGGG